AUGGAAACAACACUCAAAUCCUCUCUCAUAUUCCUCUCUCUUUUUCUUCUUGUUUCCUUCUUUAUCUCUUUGCUUCCUGAAGUAUCUGAAGCUAGGCCAUUACAAGGAAAAGAAGGUGUAAAAGGAGUCUUUAGGACAUUGAAGGGAGAUGGUCCAUCACCUGGAGUUGGACACAGGUUGAUUAGAGGGAUGAAGGAUUCUGGUCCUAAUCUAGGUGGAGUUGAACAUAUUAAGCUUCAAAAUCAUGGAAGCCACAAGCUUAACAUAGCUCAUAUUAUUGGAGGGAUUAAGGAUUCUGGUCCAAGUCCAGGUGAAGGUCACUAA